AUGACACCCGCCAAGCUGAGGCCACUCGGAAGCGGAAAUCAGCGGCGCGAGGCCGGGGUCCAGUACGGAGCGGGGGACAAACCUCCUGGCUCCAGAUCGCCUGCGAGCUGCCGGUGGUGGAAGUUGGCUUUGGCCUCACUCCCAGCAGAUACGAAUUGGAAUGGGCUGAGUGUGAAAGAACCUGUGUUCCUCGUUCAGGUUCUCUGUCAGGGUAAGGGGUGGCUGGUGAGACGGAGCUAUGAGGAUUUUCAGAUCUUGGACUCACAUCUUCACCAGUGUAUCUACGAUCGGAAAUUCUCCCAGCUUCCAGAACUUCCGACAUUCCAAACACUUGACAAUAAUACAGAGCUCAUGCACGAUUUAUUAGCGGAAUAUCUGUCGAGACUCACCAUCGUUGCUGAUAACAAAAUCAACUGUGGUCCUGUCCUGACGUGGAUGGAGAUUGAUAACAAAGGAAAUCGCCUGCUGGUAAAUGAUGAAGCUUUUAUUAAUGUUCCUGCUAUUGCUGCUGCCCAAGUCAUCAAACGUUACACUGCUCAGGCCAGAGAUGAACUCUCCUUCGAGGUGGGGGAUAUUGUCUCUGUCAUUGAUAUGCCACCGAAGGAGGACACCACAUGGUGGAGAGGCAAACAUGGCUUCCAGGUUGGGUUUUUUCCCAGUGAGUGUGUACAGUUGAUCAGUGAAAGACUCUCUCCAUCAAACUGCUCGUCUGCAGCGAAAACAGAUUGCGAGGGAGCGGUUGUGAAGUCCGGAGCUGUAAAUCCACCAUCUCCCACAUCAGUUUCUAAGAAACAUGGAAAACUGAUGGGAUUACUCCUGAAUUUCAUGAAGUCACGGCCCACACGUCAGAAACUGAAGCAGCGAGGAAUCCUGAAGGAGAGAGUGUUCGGCUGUGAUCUCGGAGAACACUUACUGAACUCCGGCCUGGACGUUCCUCAGGUGUUGAUAAGCUGCUCUGAAUUUAUCGAGCAACAUGGGAUUGUGGAUGGGAUUUACCGGCUCUCUGGAAUCUCCUCCAACAUUCAAAAACUACGCCACAUGUUUGACUCUGAUCAGAUUCCAGAUUUGGAGAAGGAUGUCUACAUGCAGGAUAUCCACUGUGUCAGCUCUCUCUGCAAACUCUACUUCCGUGAGCUGCCAAAUCCCCUGCUCACCUACCAGCUCUACAAUCACUUUGCGGACGCUGUGUGUCUCCAGACAAUAGACGAGAGGCUGCUGAAGGUCCACGACGUUAUUCAGCAGCUGCCUCCUCCUAACUACAGGACUCUGCACUUCCUCAUGAGACAUCUCGCCAAGUUAGCUCAGCGAAGCUCCUCCACAAACAUGCAUGUUAAAAACCUUGCCAUUGUCUGGGCACCGAACCUCCUCCGCUCCAAGGAGAUUGAGUCCGUGGGAUUCACUGGGACAGAGGCCUUUCAGGAGGUGAGAAUUCAGUCCAUCGCGGUGGAGUUCCUUCUCCGGCAUGUGGACAUUCUCUUCAAUGACAACUUCAGCUCGGCAGGAAAGGACAUUACAGCGUCAGAGUCUGGCUCCUCACAGCCUUCUCGCAAACUGUCCUGCCAACCUUCGGAGAAGCACAGGCUGCUGACGCUGGAAGAGGCAAUCAGCAGAGCACAGCAGAUUCAGGACCCCAGAGCGGACGAGGGUGAAGUGGCCGAGGGGAAUGUGGAGGAGGAGCAGCAGCUGGAGAUGACAGCGGGCGAUUGACCGAUCAAAACACAGACACUGAGAAAUGGACUUGUGAACAUGGGGAGAGUUUCCUGUCCUGAAAAGGGAAUAUGUACAGGGGGGGUAUUUGAUUCUUCACACCCCUCUUGCUUGGAACACAGCACAUUUGAGCUCUGCGCUCUGCAGAGGGGGAACUCAGGGUCUUCCUGAGGAGCUAACUCUUGCAGGAUUACUCGCAUGCUCUGUACGUACCGGCGAGUCUUCUUCAUACACACACUCCAGAAUAAAUGGCUUUUUUAUUUGUUUAAA